GUCGAUCGUCGUCGUCUCGUCGGUCGGUCAUCACAUCAUCGCGCCGCAGUUUUGUUGGUUCGACUCGAGCGUCGUCAUUCUGUGUGCAGUGUUCUUCGGUCGUGGUUGGUCGCGUAUUUUUAUUGUUCCGCGAGCGGUUCUCUUCUGCUUGGUGGAUUAUAAGUUUGUUGGUGCAAUCAGCAAUUUUAACGACAUUCUCGUUGUGAAGCGUGUGCGACGACGGUCCUUGAUAAAAUAAAGUGUUUAUUCUGGUGUCUUUUACUCACGUAGGGUUUGUGCGGAUUCGUCCGGUUGUCUCGUUUCCGGAGGUCAGCUGCUCCGUCUGGAAGAAAACUUUCAGUGUAGUGUCAUCAGUUCUUGGAACGAGCGGUGAGUUCCGUUUUAGAGACAGUGCUUAUGAAGGAAUCCCUAAAUAGAAAACGUCUUGAAAAAUAAUUUGGGUUAUUGCAAACCGCUCUGUUUGGACGGAAAUAGAAGGCCGCUGUCGUCUUGUUUCUUUAUGACGACGAGUCCUGGCCCUAUUUUGAAUCAACAACAGCAAUAACAGCAAGUAACACCAUCAACGGAAAGACUGCUCAGAUUUAGAUGGCAAGUGCUGCGAGUGAGGAAGUGGUGAUACGAUAAAAGAUAAAUAAAAAUUGCGGAUGUGUAUUUUGUUGUGCAAAGUAGGCAAAGACGAAAAGAAAAAUAUCGCAUGAAUUUGUGUGGUUUGUUUUCUUUUGCCUUGGUUGGCCGAAAUUGUGAAGCAGCAAAAGUAAAAAAUUAUUCAGGUUAUUAAAAAAAUUACUCAUACGGCGAGGAAAGACGAAUGAAUGAGUGAAAAGAAGAGAAAAAAAACCAACACAAGAGAAAACCUUCGGCUUACAGCACUGAGAAAGAGAUACACAUACGCACUGAGGCCGUAGAGAGUGUGAAAGGAAGUUCAAUUACUGCUGUGUGUUUUGUAUGAACGAAGAAAAGUGUAGGAGCAGGAGAAAGCCCCUCAUUGGAGAGAAAAAAAAGAAAAACUGGUCAAGUGGGUGGGAAUUAAGCAGAAUAAUAAUGUUCGACGGUGUGGCGUACUGAAAUCGUGUUGAAACUGCGUGCAAUAGUUUGAUAACUUACGAAGAAGAUCUGUGCAGUAGUGGUUUAAGGCGUUUGAUUGCGAACGGUUGCGGCCGAAAAUAUAUAGUAGUUGAAAGCAAAAGCAUAAAAAAGUGUAAAGUGGCAGAAAAAAUCGUUCGGCUCAAGGCGAAGAUUGUUCGAAUUGUUUGUGCAACGAGAAAUCGAUUUUAGUGGAUAACAACAGAGCGCGGAAGAGGCGCGCACAAACGGUAGCAAAAUUUACAAAUUACAUAAAUCAUCGACGGCCAUGGCGGUGGUUCGCAAGAAACAGGAUGAUAAAGUGUUGAAAACACUCCGGGAGUUGGUUACCAUCGGAGGCAACAAGGAGUGCUUCGAUUGUGGUCAGAAGGGGCCCACCUACAUCAACAUGACCAUCGGUUCGUUCGUAUGUACGACCUGCUCCGGAAUACUACGUGGCUUGACUCCACCACAUCGCGUCAAAUCCAUUUCGAUGGCCACAUUCACACAGGAGGAAAUCGACUUUGUCCGGCAGAACGGUAACGACACAUGCAGCACAACCUGGCUGGGGCUGUGGGAUCCCAAGCGCGCCAUAAAACAGGAACAUCGAGAUUUCAUGAUCGACAAAUAUGAGCGAAAGAGGUACUACCUGGAACCCGCCAGUCCAUUGAAAUCCCUGCCAUCAAACACCACCAGUUCGACAACUUCGCUGUCGGCAAACAACGGUAACAGUAACAGCAGCAGUAAUCUUAGCAGUAGGAAUGGUUCCGAAAAUAUAGUGCCACUGAAAACUAUUACCUUGACACCACCAACGUCUCUGCGGCUCAGCCGAACCAACUCAAACUCCAGCAGUGGACUCAACGGAAACAGCAGUCAGGCGUCGUCAGUCACAAGUUCCAGUACAAAUCUUAAGUUUCAGCAACAGUUCACUCCAGACGAUAGUAAUUUUUUCAGCGAACCGCCAAAAAUCUUGCCACCCACACCACAGAAGCACUCCAGCCAUCAUCACCAGCGAUUGAAUGGCACCGUGAACGGAAGCGCUUUCGAGCGAAGUCAGAAAAAUGGUCUACUGAGUAGUGCCAGCAAUGGCAAUACCAACAGCAAUAACAUCAUCAACAACAACAAUAUCAACGCCAACAAAUUCACACCUGACUCGGACUUUGUGGCUGACUUUAGCAAUGCAAACAUUGUCAGCGUGAAUGGUGCGACUACCGCCAGUAACGGACUGAAAAAUAGUGGCAAUCACAAGCUGAGCAAUGGCUUCAACGAGAAGGGCAAUCUAUCCAACGGACACCAGAAUGGAGGAAACGCGAAUCGACAGACGAACGGUGAAAUGGAGAAUUUUGCCGAUUUCGAACACAACACAAUCUACAGUUCGGCGGGAAACAUGAGUAGUGGUUCAUUCUUCAGCAAUAGCAAUAGCAUUGACAGCAGCACGACAAAUAGCAGCAGCAGUACAACCAGUGUCAACAGUAUAAAUAACGAUGUAUUCAUCAACAACUACAGUCUACUGAAUAAUAACAAUAGUGCCAACGCCGCCACCACCGGCUGCAACGGUGGGGGAGGGAGUGGUGCUGAUCUUUCAAACUUUAAUAGUAGCCAGUUUACGGCAUUCGGUGAUUACCAGAAUAAUGCUGCAAACUCCUACGGUGGUAGUUCGCUCUGCAGUGGGCCGAACGGUUACAGCUACUUUCAAAACUAUCAACCUGAUACGGGCUGUAGCGGCAGUAGUAGCCUUAACUUCACCACCACUGGUAAUAAUAGCAGCAGUAACAACAACAACAUCAUCAACAACAACGUCAGUAACGUCCAGUGGAAUCUGUGGCAGCAGUUCAAUCAGUGGCCACCCCACGAACCACAGCCCAUGUUUGGAAGUAUGGGUAGUUUGAGCUGCAAUAACCAAAGUCACCAGUCAUCAGCUAGUUUAAUAAGGUCGCAUCAGCACCAACAGCAGCAACAACAACAACAGCAACACCAGCAGAAUCAACAGCAUCACAGCUCAAAUCAGAAUCGAUGGAGUCUUCCGAUAUCUGGUAGUGCAAAAUCCUCCGCAGCGCAUAGUUCAGCGACGCCGUCCGUAGAUAGAUACGCUGCCUUGAAAGAUUUGGAUGACCAGUUUCGGGAAAUUAAAUUCGAAACCGAAACAAACAAUAACAACAAUGGCACCUCCAAUGGUACCAGCAGUGGAAUGAAUGGCAACCAUACCAAUGAAGUGCAUCAAGUAUCCACAGCAAAUCCCUUCAAAUCAGCAAAUCCGUUCCAACAACAUCAACAACAACAACAGCAACAACAACAACAACAACAACAGCAACAACAGCAACAACAACAACAACAACAACAACAACAACCACCACAACAACAACAGCAACCGUCACAAACGCUGAGCUGGACCAUUCCUGGUUCCACGCCGUCAAAGACAGGAGCGACUACCAACGGUUUCUACGCAACGUCACCGUACCAGAAUGGGUUCGUGCAUCCGCAUCAUCUGCUGAAUGGCAAUGUGACGAACGGGGUCGGUUUCACCAACGCCUUUCACCAUCAUUCGGGUAUGACAGGCGCCGCUCCUGCGGUACCACAGUUCAACGGUACAGCUCCGAUGAACCACUUUGGGCAUUUCGGCAAUCCUUUUAUGGCCGCAGGUGCUACAACCGCAACGUCCAAAUCGAACAAUCCAUUCUUAUGAGUAUUCUCGUAGGACAACAGUAAUGCCAGCGGCGGCAUCAUGCUGCAGCCAAAAUCCUAAGCAUAUACAAACACAUAUAGG